AUGCUGGAAGGCCGAGAGUUCACAAUAUCUACAGACUACAAGCCUCUCAAUUCCGCUUUGCAAUCCCAAUCCGACAAAGUAAACCCUUGGAAGAUCCAUAAACUGCACUACAUCAUACAGUUCACUUCAGACAUCCGCCACAUCAAUGGGUCACGCAAUGAGCUGGCCGAUGCGUUGCGCAGGCCCUUCAUCGCACAUCUCCAGCUUUGUCCGGAGAUCGACUUCGCUGAGAUGGUUAAGGAAAAACGCCGUAUUAGCCCUCUCUAUAACGAGGAUGGUUCUGGGCUUCAACUCCAGGAUCUGACAGUGACUACUGGCAGCGGCGCCAUUCCCUGCGACGUCUCCAUCGUCUACCACCGUUCCUUUGUGUCUCAUCCCUUCUCGGCUAAGUUUUUCCCUCCCUACGUAACCAACGUCACCCUAAGACCCAAGCAACUGAGAAGCUGGUUCCCGACCACUUUGUCUGGCUUGGGAUGCACAAAGACAUGA